UAUACAAUUUCUCCUUAUACCGAAUAUCGUAUCGUCUAAUUUAAGAUUUGGUUGUAGUGAAAGAUAUAUCAGAAAGCUAUAGUUUCACCUACUUAGCUUUGACGUACAUUUCUUAGUUUGGUAAAGACAGAUGAAUUUUCGUGUGUUUUCUCAAGCAAAUGACUUGCCGAUCAAUACGGAUGGUCCAUGUUCUAUAAAUAUCAAGACAAAAACCUAGCUAGUUGUAGUAUUUUCUAAAGAAUCACGAGCUUCUUUCCUUGAAAUUUUAAACAAUAAUCAUAUAAUUCUUCACCUUUUUGAACCAUGAUGAAUUCAAAAAAUUUCAUUACCAUCGUGCUAUCUUGCAUUAUUGCUUCGAUUCAUGCAUACGAUCCCGAUGCCCUUCAAGAUCUCUGCGUUGCUGAUAAAUCUCAUGUGUAUGUUGCAGGAACCAAGUUGAACGGGUUCCCAUGCAAAGAAAUGUCAAACAUCACAUCGUCCGACUUUUUCUUCGCUGGAAUCUCAAGCCCCGCCGUCAUAAACUCCACAAUGGGCUCAGCCGUGACGGGAGCCAACGUGGAGAAGAUCCCAGGGCUCAACACUCUCUCAGUUUCCCUAGCACGUAUAGACUACGCACCGGGUGGCCUAAACCCACCUCACACUCACCCACGCGCCACAGAAGUCGUUUUUGUCCUCGAAGGAGAGCUCGAAGUUGGGUUUAUCACAACAUCAAACAAGCUUUUCUCACAAACCAUUAAGACUGGUGAAGUUUUUGUUUUCCCAAGAGGACUUGUCCAUUUUCAAAAGAAUAAUGGAAAAUCUCCGGCAUCUGUUUUGUGUGCGUUUAAUAGUCAGUUACCUGGAACGGUUUCUGUUGCGGCAACACUUUUUGCGGCCGAUCCUGCUUUGCCGGAAGAUGUGUUGACAAAGACAUUUCAGGUGGGAUCUAAGAUGGUUGACAAGAUUAAAGAAAGGCUCUCUACCAAGAAAUAAUUCAAUUAAAUGUAAAUGUUUCAAGCUUUGAAUGUUGAUGUAACUAAAAAGAAAUUAAUACUGUAAUUGACUGGUUUAUGUUGGUUUGAAAAAUAAAAUUUAUCCUUUAUAAGCUAA